AUGGGGAAAAAAAAGAAGUCGAAAAGAAAGAAAAAACAAAACAAGACGGAGCAGCAUGAUCAGGAACCUGAAAGAGAUCUGGAACGGGAGCUGGAAUUAUGGGAGCCGAAACAAGAGCAGAAAACGUGGGAUCCGAAAAAGCAGCGACAAUUUUGGAGUAACAUUGCUCCCGCAGAGUUAGCAUCAGUGCUAAAAAUUCCAGACGAGGAGUUGGAUGAGUAUCACAGCAACGUGAUGCCUGAAGUGCUUGAAUUAGUAAAACCUAUUACAGCACUGAUAAGGGGUUUGGCACGAACCAGAGCAAGCUUUACAAUCAUGCUUACAGAAGGGGCAGCCCUGAUAACAGGUUAUCAGAGAAGUUUUGGAGAGGCGGGGCUUAAGAAUCUUGAAGCCAUUUUCCAAAGGAAGCCGUGGAAGAAGAGUGAUCAGAAAGGAAGUUCAGGAAUUCUCGGAUGCUAUAUUGCUGAAGCUGUAUGUGUAGUAAAAGAGGCCGGUCAAGCAGUAUUUAAUGAAAAAGCCAUGAAUGAAAUAUAUCAGUUAGUGAUAUUGCAUGUAGUACAGUUCUUUGAACAAAUAGCCAGACAGAUGCAGAGCAGGGAUGAUAUUCCGGGAGUGGCAACGGUGUCUUUUUUUCAUUUCGUCUUUCUGGGUACUGUCGUAAAGUCCUUCGAAUUGAUUCGGCCAGUGCAAAAGCAAGCUCUCCUGUUAUUUCAUGUUCUCGCGCAAAAAACCGGUCAUCAGGUACGACUUAUUCAUAGGUUUCCAGAAUUGCUGUUAUUAGCUGAUGUCAAGCUCGGAGUCUGCAAUAAUUAUUUGCAUUCCGUGCUGCUCGGGGAUUGUUGCUGA